CUUGAUCUACUACUAAAUCUGACGCUUCUAGGAAUGUUUUAUUUGAAAUUGAUAGGGUUGUUACCAAAUGUCAACUUAAUAAAUUAUAUAUGUAACAGGUUUUUUGAAAGGAAAUUUGUAGAAUCCCUUUAUAUAAGCGGAUAUUUACCAUACUUCCACAACAGUUGGAAAAGAGCUGAAAAAUGGGAGUAAAACUAUUAGUUUUGUGUUUUAUCGUCAGCGCCUGCGCUGUUCGACGACCUCCUCCUCCUCCUCCUCCUCCAGGACCACCAAUGCCAUUUGUGUGUCCGGCGUCUAAAAUAAUCACUACGUGCGAUUGUAGACCUGAGUUAAACCGCUGUAACGUCGACAGUGACUGUCCAGGCGGACAAAAGUGCUGUGACCAGGGGUGUGGGUGUCGACGGAGGUGUGUGAACCCAGUCCUUAAACCAGGCAGACCAGGAAAACCCAACACGUGUUACGAACCAAAAGAGGUAGGACUCUGUAGAGCAGCAAUCCGAAGAUGGUGGUACAACGAACAAACCAAACAAUGCGAAACCUUUAACUACGGUGGAUCUGGGGGAAAUGGACACAACUAUAAGACAAAAAGACAAUGCGAACAGCGCUGCAAAACGAGAAAACACGACAGAAAACUGUUACGGACAGGCAGAUCCAGGAAAAAAGCAUGGAGGUAAACCACAUUGAGGACAUGACAUUACGUUGGAAUAAUUUUUGUUUAAAGUUAUGUCCUAUCAAGGUGUAUUAAAUAUCAAAAGAAAUACAUAAUCAUUAUGAUGUCUGUUUGUUUAAUAUUAUGACAGAAACAUAUGCUUUCAUGUAGUGAGGCAAAAUAUCUAAGGAGUGGAUCUUACUUCUUUAAAAAUGAAAAACUCAUUUAUUGUCGAUUUGUCUUUAUUAAUUUGGUAUUAGAUGAAUGGAUUAUUUACAACUCUUUCAUGUACCACAUAUCACUAAAUCAUAUCAUACAAAGAAGCAUUGAUUUAUAUCAUGAUAAUAUUAUUUACACAAAUAUUUUGUAAUAAUAGAUGCAUCGUUUUAUGUUUGUUUAAAUCC